AUGACAACCCCAAUCCACAACCCGCGCCUCCGCCUCCUCAACGCCCUGCGCGCAAAUGCAAAGCCCAUAAUGACAUUCCUCGGCCUCCCCUCAUUUCGCACCGCGCAGGUUGUAGCACAGACAGGCGUCGAUGGCAUCAUCAUCGACUGUGAGCACGGCCAUAUCAGCGAUGACGCAAUGCACAGCGCGACGGCGGCGAUCGCUGCACUGGGUGUGUCGCCGCUCAUCCGGAUUCGGAUGAUGCAUGGAUAUCUGAUUAAGAGAGCGCUGGACGCUGGGGCGCACGGCAUCGUCGUCCCGCAGGUAAACACGGCGGAAGAAGCCCGAUCUGUAGUGGCUGAUGCGCAAUUCCCACCACAGGGCCGCCGAGGGCAGGGGUCAGCCUUUCCGGCACUCGCCCACGGUGUCGAUAUCCCGACGUAUAUGAAGACGGCAAACCAGACGCUCAUUACCUGUCUUCAGAUUGAAACGAAGACUGGGGUCGAGAAUAUCGAUGAGAUCUGUGCUGUUCCGGGCGUUGAUAUGAUCUUCAUUGGGCCGAAUGAUCUCGCGCUUUCGCUUCUCGGCUACGUUCCUGCAGGAGGCUACGAGCCUGAGUUCGUCGGGGCCAUCGAGAAGAUUGUGGAAGCAGCACGAAGGCAUGGUAAGUGGGUUAGCCGGCUAUCGAAUGAUGGAGCUUCGUGCAGGGAGCAUUUGAAAGUGUUUGAUACGGUGGCAAUGAGCUAUGAUGUUCGGGCAAUCCAGAAUUGGUAUACAGCUGAGUUGAAGGUUGCGCUGGCUUGA